GUAACUGUUGGUUCAUUAUUCAACAACCAACUACAUAGUGGAUUUUGAGGACGUAGAAGGAUUACCCCACCUUCGAACCUCGUUAAAGUUUGCGUGUCUCUCUCUCUUAUCUUUAUUCUUACUUAACAGAUUGUAUCUGAUACUGCUAUUGAGAAGCAAAGCAUGCAUGCUCUGCAAGUCAGUAGUAUAUGUGUGCUGCGCGUGAUAUUAUUGGAAGAAGAAGAGGAUGCAUAUGAUAAAGUGGCUGUUGGAAGGGAAAAAACUGGUGAUCGUCUGUAUUUGUCGGAUGUCAAUGAUUAUAUGCCAGAUUUUUAUUCCUGUGAUGGAAUUCUAAACACUUUUAAGGAAGCCUCUAGAGAUCCACGUGCUAACCACUUGGGCGCGGAACUCAGGCUUCAAGAAGACGCGGAGGCUGCCAGAAGCUUUAAUUCUUUGCAUGUUUCUAAGGAAGCAAAGGUUGUUGUAUCUGACACUCCAAAUAGCAUAUCUGAGAACGGAAAUAAUGUAAAGUCGAUCUUGAAACGAAAGGAGGAUCAAAUGGGUUGGAGGUCCGAAAAACGUGUUCGGUUUGAGCCAAGCUGCAAAGCUAGUGGUGAGUCAGAAGGAGAUAAAACCAUAAUAUCAGGGGUGUUUUACGGAGACAUAACUUUGCACAAGGAAUCCUCUUCUAAGCAUCGGGAUUCUUCAAGGGUUCCAGAUUAUAUGCGCAAUCCUUCAAGGUACACCCAUUACACAUUUGAUUCAGGGACUGAUAUGAAUGAAGAGUCUAAUCGCCAAGCAUACACGGAGUUCAUCAGCAUGCUUAAAAGGCCCAAGUCGUCAGAGCCAGAAGAAGUUCCUGCUGAUAUCUCAAAACCUGUCAUAUUCAAUCCAAAGAAGAGAACUGGUCAAGGUUUGAUGUCCAUGAUCCGUAAUGAGACUGAUGUAGCCAAGGAGAUAUCAAUGGAGAGGCCUAUGAACCGGAAAAGCUUGCCUGUCAGUUUUGCUUCAGGGGGUAUGCCUGAAGACGAAGCAAGGGAUAUGGAGGUAGAUGAACAAGUAACUGAACCGAAAAAAAUGGUCAAGGGCGGGGGUGAACGAACAGCUCGCCAUUAUCGUUCCAGACAGAGCUUAGGGUCCGACAAGGGUGAUUGUUGAUCUGUGAUGUGCAAAGGGGGAGUAUCUCAUUUGUUUGUAACUCGCAGGAGAUUGAGUUGUUGUGCUAUACUAAUUAACUAUUAAUACUCCUUUUUGUCCGGUAAAAAGUACCACAUUUUGUUUUCACUUUUCAGUCCUAACCAAUAUAAGAUUCCAUUUUAC